CCAGGACCCCUCUCCCAUCUCCCGCCCGAGGCCCCGCCCUGCGCACGCGCCCUGUACGCUCCGGCUCAGGCGCGCACGCGCAGAGAGGAUCCAGGAUGGCGGCGCCCGUGGACCUGGAGCUGAAGAAGGCGUUCUCUGAGCUGCAGGCCAAGGCGAUGGACACGCAGCAGAAGGUGAAGCUGGCCGACCUCCAGAUCGAGCAGCUCAGCAAAAGCAAGAAAUACGCACACCUCACCGACACCGAGGUGAUGAUGCUCGGGGACGAGACCCGCCUGUACGAGGGCGUGGGGCGGAUGUUUAUUCUUCAGUCUAAAGGAGUGAUUCACAACCAGCUUUUAGAAAAACAGAGAAUUGCUGAAGAGAAAAUCAAGGAAUUAGAGCAGAAGAAGGCGUACCUGGAGCGGAGCAUGAAGGAAGCAGAAGACAACAUCCGGGAGAUGCUGAUGGCUCGAAGGACUCAGUAGCUGUGCGGUUCCCCACUCCGGGUGGGUUUGGGCUGUUCAAUAAAACGCUAUUGUGAAGCCUGA